AAGAAAAAAUUAAACCUCGGUGGACAUCUUGUCCCUGAAACAAAAACCUAAAUCAACCAUUCGAGCUGAAAACCAGUCGACAGAAAAAUGGAUAUGUCGAUCGAGAUCGAACAACGUAUUUCUUUCUUUAAGCUUGCUCGAAGUACAGCAGAAGAUACAUAUGCUAAAAACCCUCUGGACGCCGAUAAUUUAACAAGAUGGGGCAGCGUGUUGCUCGAGUUAUCACAGUUUGAAAAUGAACCUCCUGUCUCGAAGAAGAUGGUUCAAGGCAACUGGUUAUGUUCUAUAGAUGCUAUUGACAAGCUAGAGGAGGCACUUGUUAUUAAUCCUGCAAAGCACGAAGCUCUGUGGUGCCUUGGGAAUGCAUAUACAGCUAAUGCAUUUCUUAUUCCCGACUUUGAUGAGGCUAAAGUUCACUUUGAUAAGGCAGCCCAGUACUUUGAGCAAGCAGUUGCAUUGGAACCAAAAAAUGAAUAUUAUCAAAAAUCACUUGAAGUAUCUGCUAAGGCUCCUCAGCUACACGUGGAGAUUCACAAGCAUGGUUUGGGUCAGCAGGCAAUGGCGCCCGAGCCUUCAUCGUCUACCAGCACGAGGCAGAGUACAAAGAGGAGCAAAAGUAGUGAUCUCAAGUAUGACAUAUGUGGGUGGAUUAUCCUUGCUGUCGGCAUUGUUGCAUGGGUUGGGUUUGCAAAAGCUAACAUGCCUCCACCACCACCCCCUCCGAGAUAAAUCUGGUCAAGUAUUUGCUUCACAUUGUCCGGAUAUCAAGUCUCUUGCUGAAAGGAACUUUUUUUUUUGUUUGGGUUGGAUAAGAGCUUCGAAAAACAUCAGUUUUUGCAUCGGUUAUCAUUUUCUUUUCCCAUUUGCCCUUUUCCAUGGAGUACCUUAAUCCAUGUAACUUUAAGGUAAGAGGUUUUGUAAUAUUGUUUUGCAGCAAGUGAUGGAGUUUUCCCAAUAAAUAUUCUUGCUCUAAUAUGUACUCAGCUUUCACAAGAACUAGCAAAUCCAUAAGGUAUUAUGUACUGCAUAAAUAAUACUUAUUUGGAAACUCUUUUCAAAAGGAUCUAUAUAAAGUCCAAUUUCAAGUUGGAAAAUGCUACAAGUACAUAAUAAAUGUACAU